AUGAUGUCGUUAUCCGGACGAGAUUGCGACUGCGCUACUCCGAGGAAAAUCAGUGUCAUCAGAACGCCAUCUUCGUUGACCCCUUCACCGGGUAUAAAUCGAGUCGUCUCGAGGCUUCGAAAGAAUUUGUCAGGGACUCAAAUCGUAGCCAACGAGAAGAAGAGCCCACAGCGACAACUUUCUAUGAGAGAUGAUUCGUUACCAUCAUGGAUCGAAAAACGCCUCAGUAUUGUUCCGGAAAUGCCGAAUGACACCACAGACAGCUCAUUACCUGCCGUUCGGACUCGAAGCAUCUCCGAGACAGACCAUUCUCUGAGACCACCACAGCUUCCUCAGCAUUACGAGACAAUUCAGAACUCACCAAUAUGA